AUGAACCCUGAGCGCUAUUCAUCACAUCAAAGGUCAGCUCAGUUACCACAACAACGGCAGGAGAAGCAACAACAGCAAACACGACAUCAACAACAGCAACAUCAAUAUCAGCAUGCAUCACUUCAGCAAGGAGCAUCUCAUGACUUUUCAACAUCAGAUCAAGAACCACAGUUACAGCACCAACAAUAUUCACAACCCACAACUUUUGCAUCUUUACAAAUACAGCCCGAAUAUCUUCAAGAACAAGUUUCUGAACAACUGUAUACACAACCAAUAAACCCUACAUAUAUCCAACCCCAACGGAUACUGUCAUCACAACCAUUGGGACAACAACAACAAUACUACUCACAACCUGCAUAUCUCACCCAAGAAAGCAUUAAUUUAAGCAUGCCUCAAUCGCAUCAAUACACUAAUUAUAGAGCUACUGGCCAGUACAGUAAUACUGCUUUUGCGAAACCAACGUCAGAUCAAACCAAUCUUGGCGCUUCAUUACAGACUCGUCCAUCACAGAGGCAACCCCUUCAGAGAAUGCAACAAGGUGAACCGAUACAGCAACCUGUACAGAUACUGGAGCUACAAGCUAGAUACGAACCAGUCCCAAGUCUGUCAUCAUCAAUUAAUCCAACAAGUGAGUCGUAUCGACAUAACCAAUAUGGUCAAGCAACAACUGCAUCAUCUCCAUAUACACUGCAGCUGAAAUCACAACUACAGCAAGAUUUACAGCAAGAGGAUGUAGCCAAAGGUCCACCUCCAGCUCAUCUUAGAAGGCAUAGAAGAAACAACUCCUCCAUCUCAUCUGUUCUCCAUUCCACUGCUUACGAGGAAGAAUUGAAGAAUAUAGCGCUUUCAAAGAUAAACAUACCUUUACCCGAAAUAGCUAGACGGAUUAAACAGCUGGAGUUUGAUAAUUCCAAUACACCAUCAAGUUCACGAUUAGCACCACAGGAAGGGUCUUUUGUGUUACCAGCCUCGUCGCCAUCUUCAGCUCCUGAAAAGACCCAAACCACCAAAGAGGCACAACGACUGGUUUUUGGUAUGGUGUGGCUACUAACAUCCUGUGAAGUAUCACCAACUGCAGUUAUCCCACGGAACAGAAUUUAUGCUAGAUAUGUCCAGAUUUGUGCGGACAACAGUCUAUCGCCUUUGUCACCAGCUAGUUUUGGAAAAUUAGUGAGGAUUUUGUAUCCAACUAUAACAACACGAAGAUUGGGAAUGAGAGGACAACUGAAGUAUCAUUAUUGUGGGAUUCGAUUGAAAGGUGAACAAAGUAUGCAACUGCAGCUAAUACAAAAGCAACAACAGCAACGAUCACAACCGAGAGGACAUUCCUUGGGAUCAGAAUUUACCAUGCCAUCACAGUGGCAAUCACAUUUACAGUCGCCGACUCGCCCUGGUAUCAGUUCAACCUCGGUGGCUCAGUCUCCACUAUCAACCAACUCGUCAAUGUCACACGAAGAGUCGCCAAGAUCAACAUUUGCUACAAACACACCUAUCUACAGCCCCAUCAAUUCACCAUCGGUAUUCGUGUCGUCUUCCAUUUCUGAUCAACUACCACUGACAUCUCAUAUGAAGUACAUACCGGACUUGUUCAAGCUUUUGGGAAUGGAGUCAGUAGCGACCAAGUCUUACCCCUACACACCAAUUGAUCUACCACCUAUAUAUUCAUACCUACCAAAAGAUACAGAUCGCGAUAUUGCCGACACGCUAUCCUCAUUAUACAAGGUACAUAUUAACACAGUGUUUGAAUCGCUUCGAUUUAUGCAAUUAAAACGAUUGUUUUCAAGUUUUAACAACUUCAAUAGCAUAUUAUCUACUCCAGUUUCAAAGUUGUAUACAGCUGAUUCAGUUUUGGAGUGGGUAAAAGAAUGUGAUUUGAUUAUGUACAAGAAAAUGAUUCGAAUGUUGAGCAAGUUACAUAUGCAAUAUAUGAUGCCUCAAGAUAAUAUUAAUCAACUAAAGACAAUUGCAUUCAAUUAUACACGUACGUUGGGCAAUUCCAUAAUCAACUCACGAAAUUCGAAAAAUUUCAUUGCAAUGAAGUUGAAGAUGGCCAAACAUUUUGUCAACUUGCUUAAUCGGUUAAUCAAAGUUAUCGAGACUGGGUCUACUGCGUCAAGGAUACUCAAUGACGACAAUGAGAAACAAUCCAUGUUGAAUGAUUGGCAGAAAUUGAAUUUUACUGACUUGGUCUCACGAGAUGUUUUGUGCGCUGAUGAAUCAAAUGUAAAUAUGUUGAUUUUCAUACUGACUGAAGAAGUGGUUAAAUUGCUUGAGACUCCUUCAGUCGAAGAAGAUUCUCCCAUGCAAGUAUAUGCCGAUUUUAUCAGUGAUUUGCCAUCACGGUUUCCACGUACCAAUGCCCGCAUGUUUUUAUUAUUAUCAUCAAAUUUAUUGACGUCUAUUCUUCGAGAAAUAAGUCUUAAUAGUGGCGAAGGAUUUGGAGCAUGGUGGAUUGUGAGAUGCUGGGUGGACGAAUAUUUAGCAUGGACUAUGGAAGUAGGAGGGUUUUUCCAAGAUGAGUUGAUAGCAUACUUGAAAGAAGGUCAAGCAGCACAACAAGGAGAAGAAACUAUGGAGUUACAGAAACAGGAAGAAAUGUAUCAAUCUCAGCCUGUCGGCGAUGCUGGAUCUCAGGAACAAGAAUACAACUUGAGUGCCGAAACUUCGAUCGACUUACUAGGGUGA